GAACCGCAGCCCGGCGGCCCUGGAACCUCCCAGGGCUAACUGACCAUCCAGACCUGCUCACCUGUGCAGCAGAACAAAGUGGCCUGGAAGAAGAGAGGAGACAGUAGCUAAGCGUCCAGGGAAGUGACCAUCUAUUCAUUGUUCCUGAAAGAGAAACUCAAAGAACAGAAACAGUAGGAAAUGGCUGAUUCUCCAGUAAACAUGUCGCAGGGUCUGUUGACAUUCAGGGAUGUAGCUGUGGACUUCCCCCAGGAGGAGUGGGAAUGCCUGGACUCAGCUCAGAGAGCUUUGUACAUUGAUGUGAUGUUGGAGAAUUACAACAACCUGGUCUUUGUGGAGAACUAUUGCAAAUGUGAUCCUGUCGAUCAACACGUGAAGACUGAAAAGGAGUCUUGUCAGUGUAAUGAGCUUGGCAAAGUGCUUCAUGACCCCUCCACACUUGCACUUUAUAGAACAAGUGAAACUACAGAAAACUCUAAUAACUACACAUGCAGUAACCACAGGGAUGCCUCUAUUGACUCUUCAAACCUACAUAGACAUGAAAACAUGAACACUAGAGAAGAUUCUUGCAAAUCUGAAGAUUGUGAGAAAUCUUUAAAUUUGUGUCCCAUCAUUAAUCAAGAUCAGGGACUCGAUACUACAAAGAAAGAGCAUAGGCAGAAUAAAUAUGAUGACUAUUUCCGCUCUGUAUCCAGUCUUUUGCAACAAUCAGUCUACAUUGGAGAGAAACCACACAAGUGUGCGAAAUGCGGGAAAUGCUUCAGUACUGGCUCAAGCCUCACUGUACAUGAGAGAAUUCAUACUGGAAUUAAACCCUACAAGUGCAAUGUUUGUGAAAAAUCCUUUACCCAACUUUCAAGUCUUAAAACACAUCAAAGACUUCAUACUGGGGAGAAACCUUACAAAUGUCAAGAAUGUGAGAAGUCAUUUCCUCAGUUGUCAGCAUUUCGUAGCCAUCAGAAAAGGCAUACAGGAGAGAAACCUUACAAAUGUAAGGACUGUGACAAAUCCUUUGCCCACUGUUCCACUCUCAAGAGUCAUCAGAAAGUGCAUACUGCUGGGAAACAUUAUAGUUGUCCAAAAUGUGGCAUCAUCUUUCAUAUGCAUUCACACUUUAAAACCCAUUACAGACUCCAUAGAGUAGAGAAGCUCUACAAGUGCAGUGACUGUGACAGAGCCUUCCCUCACUAUUCAUUAUUGAGUAGCCAUAGGAAAACUCAUUCUCUAGUGAAGGUUCACACAUGCAAAGAAUGUGGUAAGUCCUUCCCUAAAUUAUCACGUCUUAACAGGCAUUACAGAAUCCAUACUGGUGAAAAGCCUUACAAAUGUGAGGUAUGUGACAAAUCCUUUACCUUAAAGUCAACCCUUAGAAGACAUCAGAAAAUUCAUACUGGGGAGAAACCUUACAAAUGUAAGGAAUGUGGCAAAUCCUUUAUCGAACACUCAGAUCUUAGAAUACAUCAGAGUGUUCAUACUGGAGAGAAACAUUACAAAUGUAAGGAAUGUGACAAAUCUUUUGCCCAAUCUUGUGGUUUAAGAAAUCAUCUGAAAUUUCAUACUGGAGAGAAGAAAUUUCACAUAUGUGAAGACUGUGACAUAUCCUUUGUCCGCUAUUCUCAUCUUAGAAGACAUCAGAAAGUUCAUACUGGAGAUAGACCUUACAAUUGUAAGGAAUGUGACAAAUCCUUUUCCAGUUGCUCACAUCUUAUAAGACAUCAGAGAAUUCAUACUGGAGAAAGACCUUACAGUUGUAAGGAAUGUGACAAAUCCUUCUCCAGUUGCUCAAAUCUUAGAAGACAUCAGAAUGUUCACACUGGGGAGAAACCCUUCAAAUGUAUGGAAUGUGACAAGUUCUUUACCCGUGAAUCACAUCUUAGAACACAUCAGAGAGUUCAUACUAGAGAGAGACCUUACAGUUGUCAGGAAUGUGACAAAUCUUUUGCCUACUCUUCUAGUUUAAGGUGUCAUCAGAAAAUCCAUAAUGGAGAUAAACCAUACAAAUGCAAAAACUGAUGCAUCCUUUAUCCAGAUUUCCAAGCUUAGGAGACAUUAGAAAAUUCAUACUGGAGAGAAACAUAGAAUUUAUAUAAUGUUAUUUUCCACUAUCCUCUGCUUACAAAUCACAACAGUAUACAUAAUAUGAACAUAAAGAUCAAAAACUUGUAAGAGUCUUUAAUGAAGGUUUAAAUUUUAAGCAAUAGCCUAGAGUUUGUAUUAAAAUGCUAUAAAUGUAACAGUGGGAAAAGCUUUUUAUUUCCU